UCUCUCUCUCUCUCUCCCUAUCACACACUCUCGGGAGCAGCGCUUUGACGCACCACGCAGAGUUGGAUUAUAGUAUUGCGCGCUGGUCUUUCACGGGGCUUUUUUUCUCCCUCACAUUGCCUACACCCUUGCCACUGAUCGCCAAUUGAUAUAUGAUCGGAAUCAAUAUCUUUCCACAGCGGUGACCUCUGCUGAGCUUUUGGGAAAACCGAGUGCUGCCGCCGCUUCCUCUCCGGACGCGUGUUGUGAAUUAAUAACCUAGACAGCCUCACCUGGAGUGUGUGUGUAUGUGUGUGAGUGUGUAUGCACUAAAGUGUGUGUGAGAGUGUGUUUCUCUGGAUCAGAUCAAGGAUCGAGGUGUUUCACUGGCUUGGUUCCGCACACGCACAUAUACGUACACAGACACAACACACACCGGGGGGAUUUGGGCACCGCAUGCCGGGGACAUGUGGAAGUUUGCGCCGCUGUAGCGCAGCCAGAGUGCCGGUCCACCGCCUCGCCGACCUCCCCUCUCCCUGCCCAGGGGGACCAGAUUCCCGGUUCACAGCCUUCACACAUCGAAACCCCUCUAAGAAGACCCAAAUGUAAAUUCAAAACGAGAAAUUUCAGAAACACACGUCUGAAAAGGGAGAACAACGGAAAGGAGGACAGCAUCCCGUUGCGUGCAGAGUUUGGUGAGCUCUUUCGGGGAUUUCAGGGCUUUUAUUUUUUAACGCCCUUAUAUUUUCUCAGUAUUUUGUGGGUCUCAUAUUGGCCCCCACUUGCCGCAGUGAUGGUGGGAGCUGUGAGCCCCGUUGGCCUUGGCCGCUCCCCGGCGACUGCGCUGGCGCUGCUGGUGGCUGUUCUGGUACUGGUCCUGUCCAGCGGAGCGGACGGCCAGCCCUGCCCGGCCCAGUGCUCCUGCACUGGGACUACAGUGGACUGUCACGGCCAAGGGCUCCGCAGCGUGCCCAGGAACGUACCCCGCAACGCAGAGAGACUGGAUCUGAAUGCAAACAACCUCACUAAAAUCACCAAGGCGGAUUUUGCAGGACUGAGGCAUCUGCGAGUGUUGCAGCUAAUGGAGAACAAAAUUACCACAAUCGAGAGAGGAGCCUUCCAGGACCUGAAGGAGCUAGAGAGACUGCGCCUGAAUCGGAAUAAUCUGGCCAUCUUCCCCGAGCUGCUUUUCCUGGGAACGACAAAGCUUUACAGACUUGAUCUCAGUGAGAACCAGAUUCAGGGGGUUCCAAGGAAAGCCUUCAGGGGAGCUGUGGAGAUCAAGAACCUCCAGUUGGACUACAACCACAUCAGCUGUAUUGAAGAUGGCGCUUUCCGAGCGUUACGUGACCUGGAAGUGCUCACCCUCAACAACAACAACAUCAGCCGACUCUCUGUGGCCAGUUUCAACCACAUGCCGAAGCUCAGGACCUUUCGCCUGCACUCCAACAACCUGCAGUGUGACUGCAACGUGGCCUGGCUGUCAGAGUGGCUGCGACAGCGCCCCCGUCUGGGUCUUUACACGCAAUGCAUGGCCCCGCCUCACUUGAGGGGGCACAAUGUGGCUGAGGUGCAGAAGAAGGAGUUUGUCUGCACAGAUGGGGACGAAGGUCACCAGUCGUCAUCAUCUUCCUCCUGCAGUGUGUUACAGUGCCCAGAGUCCUGCACCUGCAGUAACAACAUCGUGGACUGCAGAGGGAAGGGACUGACAGAAAUACCCACCAACCUGCCUGAAACCAUUACUGAAAUACGACUGGAGCAGAAUGCCAUCAAGGUGAUCCCAGCUGGGGCCUUUUCUCCUUAUAAGAAGCUGCGCAGGAUAGACUUGAGUAACAACCAGAUAUCCGAGUUAGCCUCGGACGCCUUUCAAGGUCUGCGCUCCCUCAACUCUCUGGUACUUUAUGGGAACAAGAUCACAGAGAUUUCCAAAGGACUAUUGGAGGGACUGUUUUCUCUGCAGCUAUUGUUACUGAAUGCUAAUAAGAUAGCGUGUCUGCGUGUGGACGCAUUUCAGGACCUCCACAACCUCAAUCUGCUCUCACUAUAUGACAACAAGCUCCAGACCAUCGCCAAGGGGACCUUCUCGUCGCUAAGAGCCAUACAAACACUUCACUUAGCCCAAAACCCGUUUAUCUGUGACUGCCAUCUGAAGUGGCUGGCAGACUACCUGCAGGACAAUCCCAUCGAGACAAGCGGAGCCCGCUGCACCAGCCCUCGACGGCUGGCCAAUAAACGAAUCGGACAAAUCAAGAGCAAGAAGUUCCGCUGCUCAGCUAGAGAACAGUAUUUCAUCCCAGGAGUACACCAUGUGGUCUGUACUGAGGAUUACCGCAGUAAGCUAGGAGGGGACUGCUUCGCUGACUUGGCCUGUCCCGAGAAGUGCCGUUGUGAGGGGACCACAGUCGACUGCUCCAACCAGAAACUCAUCAAAAUACCAGAUCACAUCCCACAGUACACAGCCGAACUGCGUCUGAACAACAAUGAAUUCACUGUGCUCGAGGCGACAGGGAUCUUCAAAAAGUUGCCUCAGCUGAGGAAGAUUAACCUGAGUAAUAACCGUAUCACUGACAUAGAGGAGGGGACAUUUGAAGGAGCCUCAGGGGUCAAUGAGCUGAUUCUGACCUCCAACAGACUGGAGAACAUACACCACCGCAUGCUGAAGGGACUCAGCGGCCUCCGCACACUUAUGCUGAGGAGUAACCGUAUCAGCUGUGUAAGUAACAGCAGCUUUGUGGGGUUGAGCUCAGUGCGUCUCCUUUCGCUCUACGACAACCAGAUCACCUCCAUGAACCCCGGAGCCUUCGACACACUGCACUCCCUGUCCACGCUAAACCUUCUGGCCAAUCCCUUCAACUGCAACUGUCACCUGGCUUGGCUCGGUGAUUGGCUGAGAAGGAAGCGCAUCGUCACUGGUAACCCGCGCUGCCAGAGUCCUUAUUUCUUGAAGGAGAUCCCCAUCCAGGAUGUAGCUGUCCAGGACUUUGCCUGUGAAGAUGGCAAUGAUGAGAACAGCUGCUCUCCAGUGCUGAGGUGUCCAGCAGAGUGUUCCUGUCUGGACACUGUGGUGCGCUGCAGCAACAAGGGCCUCACCACGCUGCCCAAAGGCCUGCCCAAAGAGACCACUGAACUGUAUCUGGAUGGUAACCACUUCAUUCAGGUUCCUGUGGAGCUCUCCAAUUACAAACACUUAACACUCAUUGAUUUGAGUAACAACCAGAUCAGCACGUUGUCCAACCACAGCCUCAGUAACAUGUCCGAGCUGCUUACCCUAAUCCUGAGCUACAACCGGCUGCGGUGCAUACCAGUGAGGGCGUUCGAUGGACUCAAGUCUCUCCGUUUGCUGUCUCUCCAUGGUAACGACAUAUCACUGAUACCAGAGGGAGCCUUCAAAGACCUGUCAUCGCUCUCCCAUCUGGCUUUGGGUGCCAACCCGCUGUACUGUGACUGCCACAUGCAGUGGCUGUCAGACUGGGUGAAGAGCGGCUACAAAGAGCCUGGCAUUGCCCGCUGUGCCGGGCCCGGUGAUAUGACCGACAAGCUGCUGCUCACCACGCCAUCCAAGAAGUUCACCUGCACAGAAGUCCCGGGGCCUUGUGGUUUUCUGGUGCCAGGUCCAGUAGAUAUGAGUAUCCAGGCAAAAUGUGAGCCCUGCCUGUCCAACCCCUGCAAGAACGAUGGCACCUGCUCCAAUGACCCUGUGCACUACUACCGCUGCACCUGCCCCUAUGGAUUUAAGGGACAAAACUGUGAGGAGCCCAUUCAUGCCUGUAUCAGUAACCCAUGCGAGAACAGUGGCACUUGUCACCUGAAGGAAGGAGAAGGGAGCAACUUCUGGUGUGUGUGUCCAGAGGGCUUCGAAGGCGACACGUGUGAGAUCAACAUCGAUGACUGUGAAGAUAACGACUGUGAGAACAACUCCACCUGCGUCGAUGGAAUCAACAACUAUACGUGCAUGUGCUCGCCAGAAUACACAGCUGCUACCAAUGAGGUGGAGAGAGGGGAGCUUUGUGAAGAGAAACUGGAUUUCUGCGCUCCAGAGCUGAACCCAUGUCAGCACGACUCAAAGUGCAUUUUGACCCCUCAGGGAUACAAGUGUGAGUGCACUCCAGGCUAUGUAGGUGAGCACUGUGAGCUGGACUAUGAUGACUGUGAAGAGAACAAGUGUCAGAAUGGAGGACAGUGCAUUGACGCCAUCAACGGAUACACCUGCGUCUGUCCAGAGGGAUACAGUGGGUUGUUCUGUGAGUUCUCUCCCCCGAUGGUCCUUCCUCGUACCAGCCCCUGUGACAACCAUGAGUGCCUCAACAGGGCGCAGUGUGUUGUCAUGGCAACGGACCCCCGCUGCCAGUGUCUCCACGGCUACGAGGGCGAGCGCUGUGAGACGCUUGCCAGUGUCAACUUUGUCAACCGCGAGUCCUACCUGCAACUUCCCUCCAGUCUCCUCUCACCAGAGACCAACAUCAGCCUACAGAUUGCUACAGAUGAGGACAGUGGUGUGUUGUUGUAUAAAGGAGACAAUGAUCACAUUGCCAUGGAGCUGUACAGGGGACGCCUCAGGGUCAGCUACGAUACCGGCUCUUACCCUCCUUCUGCUAUAUACAGUGUGGAGACAGUGAAUGAUGGCAGCUUCCAUGCUGUGGAGUUGGUAGCAUCAGACCAGACUUUGUCUCUGUCCAUCGACGGCGGGCAGCCCAAAUCCAUCAACUCCAUCAGCAAACAGUCCACACUCAACGUAGAUUCUCCGCUUUACCUGGGAGGUAUGCCAGAACGUGCCACAGUCUCCGGGGGUCUCUCGUCUCUGCAGCAUAGCUCAGGUGGACGCAACGGCACCAGCUUCCAUGGCUGCCUCCGUAACCUGUACAUCAACGGGAAGCUCCAGGACCUGGGGGCUGGGCUGGGGCCAGGGGCUUCAGGCUCUGGGACUGCACAGAGCACCACCAGACAGUGGCUGGGUCACGGGGUGGAGCCAGGCUGCCAACCUUGCCAGAGAGGCGCCUGUGUCCAAGGUGACUGCCACCCAACAGGGCAUCGUGGCUUCACCUGUACCUGCCACCCAGGCUGGACGGGAACAGUGUGUGACCAGCAAGUCAACAACCCCUGUGAUGGCAACAAGUGUAUCCAUGGUACCUGCCUUCCAAUCAACUCCUACUCCUACUCCUGCCGCUGCCAGCCUGGUUUUGCUGGCGUACUAUGUGAUGAGCAGGACCAGGAUGCAGCUAACCCCUGCAGUCUGUCUCGCUGUAAACAUGGCAAAUGUAGAGUGUCGGGCCUGGGCAAGGCAUACUGCGAGUGUAACGGUGGAUAUACAGGAGAGGCGUGCGACAGAGCAUCUCCUGAGCUUCCUCUUAAUCCCUCGAGGGGGAUUACUCAGAGGUGGCCUGCCGAGGGGAACGGGUCCGAGAUGUCUACCAGAGACAGCAAGGCUAUGCGGCGUGCCAAACCCAGGAGAAGGUCUCCCGUCUAGAGUGUCGAGGCAGCUGCCCGGGGGGAGCAGAAGGACAGGGCACCUGCUGCACCCCCCUCCGCAGCAAACGCAGGAAAUACACCUUCCAGUGCACUGACGGCUCUUCUUUCGUACAGGAAGUGGAGAAAGUGGUCAAGUGCGGCUGUACAAAGUGUUCCUCAUAAAAAACAAAAAAAGAAAAAAGAGACAACAUCCUCGGCAGAUUUCCUCCCCUCCAGAUAUGUUUUAUGUUCCUGCCCGCCUUACUUGAUCCCCGUCCCACUUGUCCAAGGUCCUGAUUCCUCCUGAGAAAACCCUUCACCCUCCACAGCCCCCACCCCCACCCCCCACCACCACAACCCACUCUUUUUUUUUUAAAAACCCUUAAAAAAGGCAAAAAAAAACAAACAAACAAGAGAAACAACUAAAAAAGAGUUUCUUUUCUUGUCAGUGCUGGACUGAUGAUUGAUGCUUCCUCGGUGGGGAUGUUGAAUUGUAUUGUAAAGUACAAAAACAGACUUAUUUUUUAUUAUGAAGUGGAGAAAAAGACAAAAAAAAAAAACAAAACACAAGAGUUGACUUUUUCCUUACAUCUACUUCUUUUCGUUGGUCAUGAUGACUCCAAUGGUGUGCCACACUGUCUCUUCCCUGGAGGACGGACCGGUCACUGACGGCUGACCGCCCCCGUAGACUUCCUGCUUCCUGUCUGUGAGUUGUGUGUUUUAGGAGUAACCUUAACUGGUAGUACCAUAGACUCACCACUAGGAGGAGCUGCAUUAAGGGGAGAAGGAGGGCAGUGAUAACCCCUUACAACACAAGAAACCACCACUGUAGUCUGAGGUCAGACCUCCUGAACCCUCUGAGGCUGUGUGCACGAUCCAACACAUAGCUGCGCUCAAACUUGUGGUAUUUUUUACAGCUACUGAACAACAAACACACACAAACAUACACACACAUACAAAUGCUCUCACCUGUAGAAGUUAUACAUAUUACCUGCCAGGUCAAAUACACUACUCUCUGUUUAUCUACCCCCCAGUCAUGAAUGACAAGUAUUUAUUGUAUCAUAAAUACCUGUACUUAUUCAGUAGAUCCCCUAUGUAUCAAUCUGAUUCUUUUAAUAUAUAUUAAUUUAUAUUUGUCCUUAUUUUUGUAUUAAAAAGACAUAAUCUGUCAAGAUAGCUGAACUAACAAAAUGGUGUCCUUUAUUUUGGUUGAAGAGAAGUUGUUUUUUGAUCACUGAAACUAUUGUGCUUGCCAGAGACCUUAGUUACAUUUAAUCUGCAAAUGUGACGUGAAGACAUUGUAUAUUUUUGUCGCGUUUCCUGAGAGUUUGUACUGUGCCAUUACCAGAAGGUCUUUAUAUUAGAGUAUAAAUGUAUAGAUAAUUUCCCUACCUAUGUAUUUCACACACAAAUCUUGUGAGUAGCAUUGACCCUAGAAGAUGCUUAGAACUGUUUUUACCUUUUUAACAAAUUUAUGCUUAAAGAAUACUGUGACUUUUUCUAAAUGAAACUACUUUGUUAGCCCCUUGGUCUCCGACGUUAACAUGUUGCUGCUAAGUUUUUGUACCGUAGACUUGGAUCCUGAUCUGUAUGUUAUAUAGAACUUCCUGCUCCUACUGUAUGGGGGCACCUUGUGUAACAGAUAAAUAUGUCCCCCCACCUCUACACAUGUGCAUUGUGCUUUAUAUUCCCCCGUUCUCCAUCCCCAGACUAAUGUCAGUUCCCUGACUGAUGUUUGUUUAUUAAACACAAUAUUUACCUCA